AUGCCUCAGGACGUGCUGGAGGAGGUGCGGCAGCGGGAAUUGGACCAUGCUCUUCGCAACUAUCGAUCCGCACGGAACGCGUUUCGCUCUGACAGGUCGGUGAAUGACAUGGGUACUGUACCAACUGCCGCUGCGCUGCGCCAGUACUGGACGGAAGACGAUCACACUCCCGAGAACGAGCGUACAAGGUUGAUUCACACGUGGGCCGAGAGGCAUCGACGCGAAAGGCAGCAACGCUUGCAGGGCCGCCAUAUGGACGCUAGCAGUGAUGCAGUAUCAAGCGACCCUGCUGCCAAGCCGUCGAGCUUGUCAGAUGCGACUGCACUAAAGGAUCGCAUACGGAACACAAUCCGAUACUUGUCGAAGCUGAGGGACGCAAGACCUGAAGACGGCUUAAAUCUCGCUCGCGAAAUGGACCUGGAUGUGCUGUAUGAAUGCGAACUGGCACACACGCCCAAUGAUCUGCCAAUGCUCGCAGAGAGUCUACCAAAAUCCGAGCCAACUUCCUGGCUGACAGCUGGAUCAACAUGGCACGGUCUACAGUGCACAGCUCGAGAAUUCAGACCGUCCUAUCCAACAGUUUCUUCGAGCCUGCGGAUGGCCAGGCACCGAGAGCACUUUGGACGAUCCAUUACCAGAAGGGGCCUGGUCGACGCUCAAAAUGCUGCCACGACACUGAUGAGUGACACAGACUCAGGAUCUAUGGAUCCCGAUCGAUACUCUUCGUCUCUAAUGCGUGACUUGGACGGCAGGUGGGGUUUUGCGACCAGCCAAGAUCCUGAAAUUUUGGCGCCAACGAGCUUGGCCCGACCACAUCGUCAAUCUGCAGAGAAUAGAAAGGGAGAAAUUGAGCACUGGCCUGUCACUGUCACCUUACACAGCGUCGACAGGCAACGCAUGCUCGUAGAAGGAACCAUGCGCGCCAGCCAGAUACCAUACCGCUCAUCUACGGGCGGCAAGAGCAUGGAGAGUUACUUUGAGGGCGAGAUUAUCGACUUUCGCCAACAUUCACUGGAGACGGAUCCUCAACGUGGAUACAAAGUAGGCGGUCUUGACACUGAUGCUCGAUACUGGUCUCGAUUGGGUCCUUUCAAGGAAGCGAUAGAAAAGCAAGCCCAAGGCAGUCGAUGGGACAGCUCGGUCUGGGAAGACAAGUUGAAGACUGGAGAUGCUAAGUACUGGGACAUUCUGAAGGCGGAAGAGCAAGCUAGCCGUGAGUUGGAGGCGGAUCGGGUUAUGAUGCGCUGUUUGGGGAACCAGAAAUGGCUGCAAGAGAAACUCGGUACGGAGUGGGUGCUCAUGCGAUGGAAAGAACGGUGCUUUGUCGAGCCCAUAUUGAAACAGGCAUACAAACAAGUCACCACUGAGACAAGCUCUGGGCUUGAGUCAGACUCGAUGCACCCUACUUGGGGGCUGACGAUCUCUGGCUUCUACUACAUUGCCCUGCAUCGACAGUCCGGGUCGAUAGAGGGGCUCUACUGCGACCCCGGAUCUCAGCCUUACCAGAGCUUGAAGAUGGCGCCAGAAGAUAUGCACCUUCCGGCUGCGAAAGACGGGGAGAAGUCCUCGCCCAGACAUGGACAACCUGCGGCUAUAAAAAGAUGGUUCCCUGCAGUCGAUUUCCGGUAG